AUGGAGCCAGCUGGAUUAGCUAUCGGAAUCCUUGGAAUAGCUGGGCUUUUCAAUACCUGCUUGGACCUUGUUGACAAGUUUGAGUCGUGGAAGGACUUCGAGAACGAGUCUCACUCUUUGGACACUCAGUUCGAAACGCACAAAAUCCGCCUUGAAAGAUGGGGCAAAACUAUCGGGUUCGAGCAGGGCAGUUUGGCGAAUAACCAUCAUAAGCUUCUUGAUGAACCACGCACACUGUCGAAUAUCCAAGACCUCCUUCUGGCCAUCGAAAACGUUUGUCUAUAUGGGGAUCAACCCUCUCAGAAACCCGCACCAGAGGCGGAGAAGAGAGGAGCUAGAGAGCAAAUCUCUGGGAGGCAUCCUAAUUCCAACAUGCGCGUCGAAUCAAAACGACAGAAGCUCAAAUGGUCCUGGCGAAACAAAGUGAAGAGAACCGCACAAGUUGCCCAACUUUCAUCGCUAGUAGACAACCUGCACAGCUUGAUCCCCAUAAAUGGCGGUGAUUCUGCGAGGGGCGAGAAAGGCCAAGUGGACCUCAUCCACCAGCAAGAUUGGAUGAUCGAACUCAAACGAGUUCUGGAGAGAAUAGAUGGUGAAAUUGAACGUGAGACAAGGAAAGAGUUACGAGCAUGGUUGCUUGGUGACCAUGUGACAAAUGAGCUUUAUGAAACGUAUGUCGAGCGAAGUGUUGAAGGCUCCUGUGGAUGGGUCCUAAAGCGGCCCUGGUUUAUCAAUUGGGCUUCUCCUGAUUUCCCCUCCGGAUGUGCCAAAGUUCUCUGGAUUAAUGGCCCCGCUGGAUUUGGGAAAUCCAUACUGUGUGCAAAAAUCAUCGAACAUCUAUCACCCACGAUGGAUGUGCCUGUCGCGCAUUUCUUUUUUUCGUCCGACUUUGAGAGCCGAGGGGACCCCUUUGUCGCUAUAAGAUCAUGGUUAUCCCAACUCAUCUCUCACCCAAAAUCGUUUGAAUCCAUUUGUGAUAGGUGGGAAACGUGGGAAAAGUCUCGAGCACAGAAGGCAACGAGUGGAGAACUCGUAAAGCUUCUCCAGGAAACAGUAUCAGCUGUUCCUGGCUGUACAUUGAUCUUGGAUGGGCUGGAUGAAUGCGUGUUGGCGAGAGAAGCCCUUCCACUUGAUGAAAAGGACUCUAUCAUGCGCUUCUUAGGGGCAUUGAGAAAGGUCGUUACGGAUACCCCUACUCGGGUUCUGAUCAUUAGCCGGGACGAGACAGAAAUUCGACACUGCCUUUCAAAUGAGGGUAUCUUCGAUUCGGUUGUUGAGUAUCGGAUUACACCCGAGGAUGUCCAUAAUGAUGUGUUGUCAUAUGCUCGAACUAUUGUCAGCGAAAGGCUAUCAACGAAGACUGAUGCAAUGAAGGAAGACAUUACCCAGAAAUUGGCUGAUCGCUGUAAUGGACAGUUCUUGUGGGUUAAGUUGCAGCAGGACACUUUACGUCGUGGUAAAAGCCAGAAGAAGCUAGAAGAAGCUAUCAAUGCCACUCCAGCUGGUCUCGACAACAUAUACGAGCGAAACUGGAUCAAAAUUUCAAGACUCGCAGACGAAGACCGGGACAGAGCUUUCUCUUUGCUUCGUUGGACGGCCUUCAGCCUACGGCCAUUAACAGUCAGUGAGAUCACUGCCGCGCUCCUAGUUCAAGACGACAGCGAUGAGCUUCUACUAGAUGAGCUUCCAGAUAGCAUUGACGAGGACUAUAUCAAUACAGAGCUAUUGGACCUUUGCGGAUCCCUUCUUGAAAUCCGAAGCCCCGAAGCACGAUGCACCAUUGGUUUGAAAACGUUACAUUUGACCCAUUUUUCAGUCAGGGAGUACUUGCUUCGCAAUAUUCCCAACCAUGGUCUCCUUCUACAAGUCACCGCACCGACUUUGAGACAUUCCACUGCAACUUCUGAGAGCACAAUACUUGCCAACAAAUGUCUUCGCUACGUCAAUUGCCAAAUAGCCUGGGAGGGAACUUCCGAUGCGCAGCAUGAUCAAAUCCUCAGCUCCUUUCGAGAUUACGCGGCAGGUGCUUGGUAUCAACAUGCUGCUAUGGGCGAUAUGAGUGAUUGCGAAUUGAUGACUCUCACGAAUGAGCUUUUCAAUACCAGCAACCCGAGCUGGAAGUUGUGGAAGGAAUGGUUCGAUCUCAACGGCGUUAAGCGCGAAGAAACCGAGGCAACGCAUGAGGUCAAUUUAGCUGGCCCCCUAUACUAUGCAGUCUAUCUAGGACUUGCCAAUACCGUUGGGCUCCUACUCAGCGAGGGAAAGCAUGAUAUGAAUGAAAAAGGACACGACGAACAGACGGCUUUAGGCGCGGCUUGUGAGAAUGGACACCUAAUGAUCGUCAGAUUGCUUCUCGAUCAAGGUGCGGACCCUACCAUUGGCGAUAUGUUUGGACGUACGCCCCUUUUUACAGCUUCACAACAUGGCUAUGUGGAGGUUUCCAGACUACUUAUCGAACAUGGCGCCGAUGCCGACAUCCCGAACAAUUACGGAUCGACUCCAAUUGAUGUCGCUUGUUAUAAUGGUUGUACGGAAGUGGUGAAGCUACUUCUCGCACAUGGUGUGGAUAUCACCGUCGCAGAUGAGAACGGGUGGACGCCAAUAAACUCGGCUUGCGAGAGCGGACAUAUAGAAGUGGCCAAGCUCCUUCUCGCAUACGGUGCGGACAUCACAGUUACGAAUAGCAAAGGUUGGACGCCAAUAAACCUAGCUUGUCAUCAUGGAUAUGCGGAGUUGGUCAAGCUACUUAUCGCACAUGGGGCCGAUAUCACCGUUACAGACAAUAGCGGUUGGACGCCAAUAAAUUCAGCUUCUGAGAGCGGAUACGCAGAAGUGGUCAAGAUGCUUCUCGCACACGGUGCGGAUAUCGACAUUAGCACUAAUAGCGGUUGGACGCCAAUACAUUCGGCUUCUGGGAGCGGGUACACAGAGAUAGUUAAGAUACUUCUCGCACACGGUGCCGAUAUCAACAUUACCACUGAUAACGGGUGGGCGCCAAUAAAUUCAGCUUCCGAGAGCGGACACACAGAGCUUGUCGAAAUACUUCUCGCACACGGUGCGGAUAUCAACAUUGCCACUAAUGACGGUUGGACGCCAAUAAACUUAGCCUCCGAUCUCGGGCACACGGAGAUAGUUAAGAUACUUCUCGCUCACGGUGCAGACAUCAAUAUUGCCACUAAGAAGGGUUGGACGCCAAUAACCUCAGCUUCGGAGAGUGGACACACAGAGGUAGUCAAGAUCCUUCUCGCACACGGCGCAGACAUCAACAUGGCCAGUCAGAAGGGUUGGACGCCAAUAACCUCAGCUUCUGAGGGCGGGCAUACAGAGGUGGUGAAAUUACUUCUCGAACACAGUGCGGAUAUCAACACUGCAAUUAAGAGCGGUUCGACAGCGAUCAAUAUAUCUUCCAAAAAGGGACACACGGAGGUGGUGAAGCUACUUCUCGAGCAAGGUGCGGACGUCACUAUUGCAAAUAAUAAUGGUUGGACUCCAUUGGAUUCAGCUGUGCAUUGUGGAUAUAUAGAAAUUGCGCAGCUUCUUAUGGAGCACGGCGCAGACAGCAACAUUGCAGAUGGUGAAGGUUGGACACCUCUGCAUAUAGUCUCGGAAAACGGCAAUAUUGAAAUGGCAAAGCUACUGUUCACCCAUGGCGCGAUUAUUACUGCAAGUGACGAUGGAACCACCCCAUUCAGUUUCGCAUGCCAGAAUGGACAUACCGAGAUCGUAAGAUUACUUCUCGACCACGGCGCGGAUGUCACGGCCGUAGAUAACGACGGAUGGACACCUCUAUACAUGGCCGCUUGGAACGGUCACUUUGAUGUGAUCAAGUUGCUUCUUGCUAGUGACGCCGACGUCACAAUCGCAUGUGAAGAUGGAAGCACGGCAUUGCACGUAGCAUCAUACCGUGGCCAUGCCAAGGCAGUCGACACAAUUCUACAAUUUUCUAAGAUUCCUAUUGAUGUUCGAGAUCAAUUUGGACGAACGCCACUUUCCGAUGCUGCUGCCCGGGGUCACAUUGAAGUAGUAAACCUCCUACUUCUACACAACGCCCUUGUGAAUUCCAUGGACCGGUUUCUCUCGACACCACUGUUUAUGGCCGUACGAAAUGGGCACGAGGAAGUGGUCAAACGGCUGAUACCGUUGUCUGAUUGCAAUAUUGACAUGGAAGACGGCUUGGGUCGGUCUUUAUUUUGGUGGGCAGCGAGAAGCCAGAACCGUGAGAUCGCCCGACUCUUUCUCCGAUGGGCCAAAGAAAGCAAUGUUGAGGUCCCUCAAAGCGAUCCCGAUGAGGAGUAUUCUCAACUCAUUCCGAGCACCACGUACUGUGAUGUGUGUGUUCGAUACAUCUGUCUGAACACUUUGUACCACACAUGCCAGGUUUGCUAUGAUUUUGAUAUCUGUUCAGAAUGUUCCAAGGCAGGUGCUCAAUGUCUAGACUCCUCUCACGAAUGGAUUGUUCAUCAAAUCGAUGAUUCGGAUUGA